UGUACUUAUUCAUAUAUAUUCCAAUUCGUAAAGGAAAUACUUUGUUUUCUAAACGAAAAGAUGUUCAGAUUUUUGAUAGCACCACAUUCAUUACGUUUUCUAUGCCGCAGGUCUUCGAGGAAUGAACUCAAUCAUAUGCGCAAACAAAGCAACAAACCCUCAAAUACACCACGCCCACCUAAAGAUCCGCCUGAUGAAGGCUAUGAGCCGCAAUGCGUUGCACAUGAUGGGAUUGAAGUGCCCGAGUUCAUAAAGCCGAAGGCCUACCGGCAAUUUUGUGGACCUGACGAACCUCUUGGCCCUGGAGCGGGCCUCAAUAAGAAGUACAAAAACGGCCAUUACUUCGGCUACCAUCGCUUCAGCUUUGUGGAGCUGCAGAAUCAGUCGGUGGGCUUGCGAGACGAGCGUCGCGCAUGUGGCGGUGCCCCAGUGCCAACAGAGGAGGAUGUGGAUGACGAAAAGCGGGACGACAAUUUAGAGUCAAUGAAGGAACAGGAGAAGAAAUGCGAAGAGCAGCUUGCCACUCAGGCGAAAGAGAAGAAAGUGGCUAGCAAAAAGGCUAAAGAGAAGAAGCUGGAAAAAAUGUGCGAAUUGCGGCGCCAGAAGGAGAAAGUAGCCAAAUCAAUUGAUAAAGAAAUCAGUAUUGUGUUAUCCGAUUGUGAAGAUAAGCUUGACAACAAUUCGUGUAAGUCAUUCGACUGCCAAGAAAUGGUCAAAGCAGCUGUGGAGAAGGCCAGGAAGAAUGCGAGCAAAAAAGACUCGGAUAAAAAGAAAGACGCAAAGGAAGCAGACAAAAAAUCUGACGAUAAGUCAAAAUGUGAAACAGAUAAAGGCGACAAGAAGCCAUAAGCAUAGACCAUCUACCCAAGAACACAACCAACUAACUAGCAAAGACACGGACACAGAAAACAUCGCUGCAGUAGCACACUAGGUGGGAGUCUUUGCUGUACGGGUACAGCUGUGUCACAAACCCCUAGCAUGUACAUAAAUGCAAGCAACUGCUCUCGAACUGUGGCAGUCAAAUAAAAUGUGAUUAUUUGGCCCUUGACUUUAUGCCUUCUUCUGCUCUUCAAAAUUUGACUUGUUAAUAAAUAGUAGAAUUUUUACAUUCAA